AUGGUCGUCGACGAGCUCGCGCGCUGCGGCGUCGACCGCUUCGUCGUGAGCCCCGGCUCGCGGUCGACGCCGCUCGCGCUGGCCAUCGCGCGCGACCCCGCGACGGCGGGCAAAUUGGCCGUCGUCCACGACGAGCGGUCCGCGGCGUUCUACGCGCUGGGCCACGCGCGGGCGCGGCCGGGGAGCGUCGCGGCCGUGCUGACGACGUCGGGCACGGCCGUCGCGAAUCUGCUGCCCGCGGCGUGCGAGGCGGACGCCGCGGGCGUGCCCUUGCUGCUCCUCACGGCGGACCGGCCCGCGGCGCUCAAGGGCGUCGGCGCGGACCAGGCGCUCGAGAGCCAGGGCCGCGUGCUCGAGCCCGUGUGCCGGCGCGUCGCGGACCUCCCGCCGCCGGACGACCGCGUCGCGGGUCUGGGCGACCUCGCCGAGGUCGCGGCGGCCGUCCGCGCGGCGACGCGCCCCGACGCGCCGGGGCCCGCGCAGCUCAAUUUGGCCUUCGAGGAGAAUCUGGCGCCGCGGCGCGGCGCCGUGCGGGGCAGGGCCUCGGGCGCGCGGGGCUUCCCCGCGGGCAGCGGCCCGGCGACGAGCUGUGUGCAAAUCAAAUCUUCAACCCGAUUCAACGUGAGCGUAAUCGAACGGUUCGGACCAGUCCCUUCGGCCGUGCUUCGAGAACUCGAUGAGAGCAAUCGAUUCGUCCAAAAAUCAGCCGAAUCGACUUCGAAUUGA